AUGUCCCCUUGGAACCCCAGACUCCUGCCCGAAGGCUAUGACGCCGUUCUCGGGAUACCACUGGUCCUGCUGAACGAACUCCGCCUAACCCUUGGCCACGCGACGUGCCUAGAACCUUGUCGCCAUCACCAAACCGAGAAGGGCGCUCCGGCUGUCCCAGUUCCCCGGGAGGACCUCUCCAGAUCUACGGGAUUCGCUAGGCCAAACCCCCAUGUUCCAGCUGCUCCAGCUGACCUGCCGGGUCUUGAUCCCGACCCUGGGGCAAGCCGCAUGAACGUGACGGUGACGGAGACCACGUCUCAUACGCCCGACCGUCGUCAGCGUGUUACGAUAAGGGUGACCGAAACAAUAACCGAGCCCCUGAUCACUCUAGCCAGUGCAACCGACCAAUCAAGGCCCCCCCCCCGCCCUAUUUCCCGCCUCCCUCGUCCCCUCCUUCCUUCCCAGCCUGUUAGAGCCGCCGAUGCUCCGUCAUUACUGGACGCCGAGGAUUUUCCGACAGCAGCAUUCCAACCGCCAACCAAGGACAUGGAUCUGAUUUCUUUUGAAGCAGACUCAGAGGCUUCGGAAACCGGCACCACAACCAGCCCUCUUCCGUCAGCCCCCCAUGUCACGGAAAUCUCGAGUCUUACCAGCGUUGAGUUGCCGAUUCGCAAUUCUCAACUCGAGGAUGAGUCAAACCCGGGAGAUACUUCUCAACCGAUGGACUUGGACUCUCCUCCAAGCACCAGUUCCUUUGGAGCCAGUCCAGCAUCCUCACGGCCCCGGGCUUCAGCAUUUUUCUUGGACAGCCUACUGAACAAUACAUCGGCCACUCAGCAGCUCUCACUUGACCAACUGGCGGAGAUGCGCGCCAAGUCGAAUCCUGCAGGAGACGAAGACUUUUCAUUUGUGGAGGAGGUACUUGUGAGACUUGCCACAAGUCCUUCUCGAGUACAACCCAGCGGUACUCUUCCACUCACCCUAACCGAGAUCGACAGUCGUACCCUUCCCCUCACCCUAACCGAGAUCGGAAAUCUAGGAUCUCCUGGCACAAAGGCAAGCCAACAAGAGUUGCCCACCCAGCCUCAACCUUGUCUAGUUUUCGGAUUACAUUUGUCGACCCAGGUGCCGCAAUCCUCCUGGACAUCAAACUUUUGGCAAUUACCGCAUUUGGCCGCUCAAUCGGUGCCGGCGUGCUCCUCCCGCCCUGAGGCCAGCCAGCAACCGCCAGCAUCGCCCGACUUGGCGCCAGAGGCCGCCCCUUCCGCUCCCGGCCCUGAGGCCAGCCAGCAACCGCCAACAUCGCCCGACUUGGCGCCGGAGGCCGCCCCUUCCGCUCACGGCCCUGAGGCCAGCCAGCAACCGACGGCAUCGCCCGACUUGGCGCCGGAGCACGUCUUAUAA